UUCAUAGAGUUGAGUACGCUUUUGGAUCUCAUGAACAACCGACGAUUGGAAUCUUCGAAGGAGAACCAAAACAGUGCAAAGGAUUCACGUUCAGGAAGCAGAUUCUGAUAGGAUGGACGGAGAUGAGUCUAAGAGAUGUGAGAGGAUUCAUGGAAAUGCUAUCUCAAGAUUACACAGGGAUUUCAUAUAACCUAAUCACCAGAAACUGCAAUCACUUCUGCAAUGAUGCUUGUCUCCAACUCACCGGAAAUCCUAUACCGAAUUGGAUCAAUCGUCUAGCUAGAAUCGGUUUCCUGUGCAACUGUAUAGUUCCAGCGAGUAUAAAUUUGACUAAAGUUGGAAUUGAAGAUCAUAAAGUGUGUAAUGAAGCAGAGAUUAAAACGAAACUAAGGAGUCGUUCAAAUCGGUUCACUUCAUCUUCGAGUUCUCUAUUGUCAUCUUCGGUUGAUCGUCCCAGAAGUCAUGCAAGAAUUGUUCUCCCUUCAUCAUCGCUUUUGAUGCUUGAUUCCCCAUCGUCUCAGGAAUGGCUGGAAGAAGAUGUUAAAGACCUUGAUAUUCUUUUAGAAUAUGUAUAA